AAGUUUUAGUGGGUAAAUAGUCAAUCACAAAAACUUAAAGAUGAAACUCUUAGAGAGCGGACGCCUGGAGGCUUUGAGUAGUGCGCUGUCUAUCCUGAACGGUGACAGUGCUGUUCAAGGUCGAGUAGAAAGCUAUAGCUGCAAAAUGGCAGGUACAGAGAAAGCUUUCUACAAAAAGUUUACAGCAGACGGAGAAACGACUCAUAACCUUCAAGCCUUAUCUCCUCCAGAAGGUGUCACAAAUAGUCGAAGUCUGUCUGGCGACGAGGAAGGAGUGCUGUGUGACACUAUAUCUCGGAAGACAUUAUUCUAUUUGAUUGCAACACUGAAUGCUGCUUUCCCAGACUAUGAUUUUUCAUUGGCUAAGAGCAGUGAGUUCAGUGCGGAGCCUUCACUGAGUUGGGUGCAAGGAUCAGUAGAUGCUGCUCUCUCUGCAGUAGGUGGUGUGCGUUGGAGGCAGUUGAGACCAGCACUAUGGGCUGCGAUUGAUGAAGAGGUGCACUUGCCCGAGUGUUGUAUUUAUAGCUAUAACCCCGACCUAGCUAGCGAUCCAUUUGGGGAACCUGGUUGUCUCUGGACAUUAAAUUAUUUCUUUUACAACAAGAAGCUUAAAAGGAUUGUUUUUUUCACCUGCAGAGCCAUGAGUCCUGUCUGUGCUGACUCAGGAGUGGACUUUGCUAUGGAUGAAGAUGAAGAAUAUAAUUAAAUAUUUUCGUCGCAUUUUUCUAAUUACAUGUUUUAUCAUUGAAAUUUAUAUUUCUUCUCUAACUCUAUUAUAAACUACUGCGAACUAUAUAUAGUUCAAGUUCUAUACAAUAAAUAUCAAUUUACAAUAAUUAUAUGUAAUUUUUAGGCACGGCCAUUAAAGCUGUAAACUAGGUCAGUUGGAUUGAAUUUGUUUUGUGCUAGCUGACCUGAUGCUUCGUAUAAACAGCCUUAUGUAAUACACUAUAAUUUAGAAUAGUAACAGAACAUGUUCUGACAGCAAAA